AGCCCCAGCCAUGGCGAAGCAGUACGAUGUGCUGUUCCGGCUGCUGCUGAUCGGGGACUCCGGGGUGGGCAAGACCUGCCUGCUGUGCCGCUUCACCGAUAAUGAGUUCCACUCCUCGCACAUCUCCACCAUCGGCGUGGACUUUAAGAUGAAGACCAUAGAGGUGGACGGCAUCAAAGUGCGGAUACAGAUCUGGGACACAGCAGGGCAGGAGAGAUAUCAGACCAUCACAAAGCAGUACUAUCGACGGGCCCAGGGGAUAUUUUUAGUCUACGACAUUAGCAGCGAGCGCUCCUACCAGCACAUCAUGAAGUGGGUCAGUGAUGUGGAUGAGUAUGCACCAGAAGGUGUCCAGAAGAUCCUUAUAGGGAACAAGGCCGACGAGGAGCAGAAGCGGCAGGUGGGAAGAGAGCAGGGACAGCAGCUGGCUAAGGAGUAUGGCAUGGACUUCUACGAAACAAGUGCCUGCACCAACCUCAACAUUAAAGAGUCCUUCACGCGGCUGACGGAACUGGUGCUGCAGGCCCAUAGGAAGGAGCUGGAGGGUCUCCGGACACGUGCCAGCCAUGAGCUGGCCUUGGCUGAGCUGGAGGAGGAGGAGGGCAAACCUGAGGGCCCAGCGAACUCUUCAAAGACCUGCUGGUGCUGAGGGUCCGGCGAGGGACACCCACACGAUCCCCCUUCCCUCAGGAGGCCUGUGAGCAGAGAGGGGAGCCCGGGCUUUGCCCUGCUGCGUCCUCUCUUUCGAUGACCCUGUUGAGUGUCAGUAGCUGCUACUCUCCAUGCCUGGCCCUGAGACAGCUCUGCUGUCACCUCAGAGCAGCCUCUGCCCCAGCCCCUGCCCCAGAGUGGUUCCCCAGCCACAGGCCCACUGUGAGCGCGUGCUGUGGGCACUGUCUCGCUGCCCCGAGCUCCCAGACCAUGGCCAGGGCUGGAGUCAAGGCCACUUUCAGGCUCUUCUUUCUCGAUGCAUCUCGUCUCCUCUCUGCUUCUCUCCCGCCCACUCUCUCCCAUCCCCUCCCUCCAGUGUGUUUUGUACCAAAGCCCCUCAUCCCUCCCCUGUGCCCUGCGUGUGGCUACCAAGAGCCCUGCUCUUUCCUCCCUGCCUGCCUUCCUAGCCCCGGCUGAAGGAACGGGCCCAGGCUUGUGGGGAUGUUCCAUCCUCUGUUCCGGGGAGAUCCCCACCCUGCUUUGUGGGGAGGCCAAAGGCCACAGGGUGCUUCUGCCUCCCCUUUACCCCCUCCCCACCACCCCUUCUCUGCCAUGGGCCUGCCUCCCCCAUGACCUGGGAAAGUGGCACAUCAAGGUAGGAAGGAAACACCAGCCUGGUGACCCUCCAGCCUGGGCUGUCCUACCUCUGCCUGCUCCCCCGCCUGAGCUUCGGCCUCGCUUGGCUGCCCGCCUGCCUCCUUGGGGAACUGAGCUCAGAGGCAGAGGCUUCAGAGAAGACAGAUGAUGGGGGGCAGGGGUAAAAAGGCACUUCCAUUGUCUACCUCCCAUGCAGCGAGUACACGGUUUCUCUCCAUCUGGGCUUCUGGACUCAAAGCUGUGGACCAAGGCCUGAGGCUACCACAGGGGCAAGGAGAGCCCUGGGGCCGAUCGGGCCCUCCAGAAAGGGGCACCAGAAAGGAAGGACGGCUCCUACAGUUCAGGGUAAAGACGGGGAGGGCCGGCCAGGAGCAGCGGAGUGUGCAAAGCAGAGGGGAAUGCGGCCACGAAGGCCCUCCUGCCCUGUCUGUGAGUGUUGUCCAGAGCCCUGGCAGAGGCGGACCUGGCCUUUAGCUCUCCAGGCUUCACUGAGACCCAGUGGGAGAAGGGUAAGGGCUUCGUGGGAGGAGAGAAAAGUGCUAAGUGAGAGUGCUUGGUGCUGUUCUCAGCCCUCAGGAACCAGUGUUCCUCUUGCCCUCGAGCUCCUGAGCGGGCGCAAGGGUUUGCCAACUGCACUGUGGCUACAGGGGGAGGGAAGAAGAUGCCCUCCUCCAGAGUCCUAUGUUCAGGAAGUUUCUUUAACCCCAUGUGGCCCAUGAAUAGCUUGAAGGAGACCCUUUAAAGGAAGAGCAGGCAGGCCAGCCAGUGGGUGGGGGUGGGGGGGAGCUAAGGCAGCUAGAUCCCAUAAGGCUGA